AUCACCGCGUCUUCCGCUCAGGAAUUCACGACAUCUGCUUUCACUUUACGUUAGCCGUGAAUCAGGGGUACUAGCUCAAUAAUGAUAUGGAAUAACUGUAUUCUGUAGCGUUAUUUUUGCGAACUGUGGCUAACUGAAGCCGCUAAAUCCCAAUAAAGGCGUGAAAGCGACGAGAGCCGGUGGAAGAAGCUUUUAGCCAGUCAUUGCCAUGGCCUCCGACAGCAGCGACAGCAGCAUGGACAGAGAAAUGAUUCUGGCUGACUUUCAGGCGUGCACUGGUAUUGACAACAUUGCAGAGGCAAUCGCACUGUUGGAGCUUAACAACUGGGAUUUAGUGAGAGCCAUCAAUGGAGUUAUACCACAAGAGAAUGGGAUUUUGCAAAGUAACUUUUCCAGUGAAGUGAGCCAGUCUAGCAGCUAUGGACCUCCAAGCCAUUCAGAAGCAGCUGAUGCAGCAGAAGGAGGUCCUCCUCCUCCACCCUCAUCUUCAUCUUCAUCCUCUUCCCCCCCAUUGUCUUCAGCUUCAGUUUUUUGCCCCAUCAACCCCUCAUCCCGACACAUUGUAGAACGUCAGCCACGGAUGCUUAACUUCAGGGUUGAGUACCGACAGCGCUCUGUGGAGCUGGUGGUGGAGGAAGGCAGCACAGUUGGAGAGGUCAAGCAGAUCCUUGAGACAGAGCUUGGGGUUCCAGUAUCCAAAAUGCAACUGAAGGGAUGGAAGAGUGGAGAUGUAACUGAUAGUAUGUUACUAAGAAGUUUACACCUGCCCAAGAACAACAGCCUAUAUGUCCUGACCCCAGACAUUGCUCCUACCGCCAGCACCAGCAAAAACAGCACUCUUCAAGAUUCAUUAAACCAGAAUUUCCUCCUGGUUAUCAGUCACCGUGAGGCCCAACGAGACUACAGCCUCAACUUUCCUGGCUCCAGAACCAUACAAGAGGUAAAGAGGAAUGUUUCAGACCUGACAAACAUCCCAGUGCGGCAUCAGCAGUGGGAAGGAUGGCCUGCUUCAGCAUCUGACGACUCUAUGACGCUUGCUGUCUCUGGGAUCAGCUAUCCUUGCCAUCACCUCAGUGUUUGUAGAAAAUCCUCACCAGCCAAUGCACAGGAGCCAACAGAAGAGUGUACAGAUGUCCAUAUGAUCAGUGACAGUGAAGGGGAUGAUUUUGAGGAUGCAUCAGAGUUUGGUGUGGACGAUUCAGACAUGUUUGGAAUGGGCUCCUCAAGUUGUCGAAAAUCACCUAUGAUGCCAGAGAAUAGUGAGCAUGAAGCUGAUGCCUUACUUCACUUUACUGCUGAAUUUUCUUCAAGGUACGGAGACACCCACCCAAUGUUCUUUGUUGGGUCUUUGGAGGCCGCAUCUCAAGAGGCCUUCUAUGGCAAAGCCAGAGAUAGAAAGCUGUUGGCCAUCUACCUCCACAAUGAUGACAGUGUCCUCAGCAAUGUCUUUUGCUCCCAGAUGAUGUGUGCUGACUCCAUUGUGUCAUAUCUGAGCCAGAACUUCAUUACAUGGGCGUGGGACGUCACUAGAGAAGCUAACAAAGCCAGACUACUCACCAUGUGUACGAGGCACUUUGGCAGCGUGGUGACACAGACUAUACGGACAUAUAAAACAGACCAGUUUCCCUUGCUUCUAAUAGUCAUGGGCAAACGAACAUCCAAUGAAGUUCUCAAUGUUAUUCAGGGUAAUACAACAGUGGAUGAACUCAUGAUGAGGUUAAUGGGGGCAGUGGAGAUUUUCACAGCACAGCAACAAGAAGACAUCAAAGAUGAGGAUGAACGUGAGGCAAGGGAGAUGGUGAAGAGAGAACAGGACGAGGCCUACCGUCUGUCUCUAGAAGCUGACCGUAAGAAGAGAGAAGCCCAAGAAAGAGAAGAGGCAGAGCAGGUUCGCCUAGAACAGAUGAGAAAGGAACAAGAGGAGGAGAAGGAGGCAAUCCGUUUGUCACUGGAGCAGGCCCUGCCACCAGAGCCCGAUGAGGAGUCAGGAGGACAAAUCAGCAAAUUACGAGUCCGCACACCAAGCGGCGAGUUUCUGGAAAGGCGUUUCCUGGGCAGCUGUAAACUCCAGGUCCUCUUCGACUUUGUGGCCUCCAAAGGAUACCCCUCUGAUGAGUUCAAGCUACUCACCACCUUUCCUCGUAGAAAUAUCACCCAAUUAGAUCCAAGGUCGACUCUGCUCGAGGCCAAACUGUUUCCACAGGAGACGCUUUUCCUGGAGGCUAAAGAAUAAGAAGUGGCUCUUUGACAGCUGAGAGGGCCGGCGGACUGACUGACUAACUGGUUGGACACACUAGUCACCGAGCAAGGCCAAAUCAGUCUGGGCCUACAGUAUAUGAACAUGCAAACAAAAAGACCACGCCCCCUCACACAUACAUAAACACACUGGCAUGCGGUGACACACAAGUUCAAGUAAGCUUCUGUGCUAUAUGCGUGGUCGUGGUACGUGAAUGCCUAUAUGCGCUGCACAGAGGAGCAAUGAUGGUAUCACAAGCACACAGCCAAACACUCAUCCCUCCUGUCUCCCCCAAUAUACUUUGUCAAGCCUUCUCGCCCACUUCACGUACCCAACUGCUGUGUCAUGGUUUUCUGUCACCACGUAAACACAACAGAGUGCAAUGAUCAUGUUGAGACUGAGUAUUCAGAUUUUUGUUACAGGACUUGAACUCCUGUUUCCACAUUCAACACACAAAGGCUGCUUUUUUUUAAAGACCUUGAGUUCUGUGUUUGAAAUGCUCAAAAAUAAAAUAAAUGAGAGAUGCUGCUCGCAGAAGACUGAGAUGUCCCAUCUCCACCACCAUUUAACUUCUCCAAACUUUAUUUUCAAUUUCCUGCAUUCUCUUGCCCCAUCUUCCACCUCACACCCGACCACCCAGCCCGUGAUGCUGGUUAGGUUUGGACGAGCCUCCCCAACAUCUGCUGUUCCCCUCAUUCUCUCCUCCACCUGGUUUUAACAUUGCCUGAUCCAUCAGAUAACGGCAAUGGGUUUGUCAGUUUUAUUUCAUUUCCUUUUGACUUUUUAAGUUUGAUGCUGUAUUAGUUUUAGUUUGAUAUGCAUUCUAUAAAAUAUAUGAUUACGAACAUCUAUUUGUCUUACACAGCAAUUUGUUGAAACUUUCUCUCUCUCUCUCUCUCGCUCACACACACACAUACGCACACACACACACACACACACAAUAUUAUUUAAAAGAAACAAUUUUGAUCUCAUAUUUUCUUAAGAAAAGACUUGUUUGAACACGCCUGGGGGAAUUUUAGUAGAUUGAUUUGAUAUUACUAUGAGGUAUUGUUAGAAAUCUCUUGAGGGUUUUUGAAGCUAGUAUAACAUAGAUUUUAUGAUUUUGGUUUGUGUGUAGUGUAUCUUUUUUUUUUUUUUUUUUUAAGAAACCUAAAUUUAAAUGUUUGUUUUUUUUAUUUGAACAUGUGCCUUUUCUUUGGAGACUUGAAAUUUUUCCUACAUUUGUGAUAAACCAAAAACUAAAGCCACAGAAAUAACACUAAAAAGGACCCCCACAUCUAACAAGCUAACAUUGCCAUGACAUUGCUAUGAGGUUGCAACUGUGUUGUAAAAUGUUGCAGAACAUUGUGACAGCAUAAUGUUGUAUGGUGCCAAACACAUGACAAUUUUAUAAUAUGUUAAAUUACAUUAAAGUAAUGAUUUAAUGUGA